ACACACACACACAAGAACACAGUAAAAAGUGGAAUAAAGCAAGAGAUGGGAUGAAUGGAAAAGGAAGGUAAACCCCACAACCAAGCAGAAGAAUGUAAAAAGAUCGUUGUUUAGAGUAAGAGGAGGGGGAAAAAGUUGCAGAAAACAACUCCUAAGCAUUAAAAAACAAGAAAAUUAAGGAAACCCCAGAAAACAUACAGAUGUUACAGAGUGUUUAAGUAGAUUUUUGGGAAAGUUAAAGGGAAAUUUAAGAAUAAUAAGACAGCAAAAACAAAAGAGAGAAAAAAAAAAGAGAGAGAUAGUAAAACAAAGAACUGAUGCACACCCAUGGCAGGCUCUUUUUUAGUACAGAGUCACAACCAACACACACGCAUACACAGAGAAUUGCUUUUUCUUUCCUCCUUAUAUAUGUGUGUUCUCUCUCUCUCUCUCUCUCCCCCACAUUCAAAAGACAAGAGGAGUGGAGAAGAUAAAUAAAGGGGUUCUAAAAAUACUCAAAAAAGAAUGGUUUGAAUACAGUAAAAAAGAUGGCGACUUUGUAAAGAGGGGUGUGUGUGUGUGAGAGAGAGAGAGAGAGGGAGGGAGGGAGAGAGAGAGAAGGUGAAAAGGGAACAUACUAAAUACAUGGUUUUUGUGAAUCAAAUGUGAGAAAACUCCCAAGAGAGUCUGGGUUGUUUCUUGCCUCAUGUUGUCUCUAUGAUCAUGUCUCUCAUGCCCAGUAACUGCCUAUUCUUUCUCUUGGUUCUCACUUUUUUCUUCACUCUGGCCUUUUCAUUUGAGGCCCGAAAUCCUGAAGUUGAAGCUCUUAUUGCUGUAAGGGAAGCUUUGAAUGAUCCUCAUGGAGCUCUGAGCAACUGGGAUGAAGACUCAGUGGACCCUUGUAGCUGGUCUAUGAUCACUUGCAAUUCUGAUAAUCUUGUUACUGCUUUAGGAGCUCCUAGUCAGGGUUUAUCAGGUUCUUUGUCUUGGAUGAUUGCAAACCUUACAAACCUCAAACAAGUAUUACUGCAAAACAAUAAUAUUUCUGGGCAUAUUCCAAAGGAGCUAGGCUAUCUUCCAAACCUUCAAACAUUGGACCUCUCCAAUAACAGGUUAUCUGGUCAUAUUCCAGAAUCUGUGGGAUUCUUGAAUCAUCUGCAAUACCUGAGGUUAAACAACAAUAGCUUGAUUGGGGCUGUUCCUUUGUCCUUAGCCAGUCUCCCUCAACUUGCUUUCUUGGAUUUGUCCUUCAACAAUCUCAGUGGACCUGUUCCCACUUUAGCCACCAAAACAUUUAACAUUUUCGGGAAUCCUCUGAUAUGUGGAAGCCACUCUAGUGAAAAGUGUUCUGGAUCAGCCCUGGCUAGUCCUCUUGCAUUCUCUGUAAAUCCAUCUUCUGGAAGAACCAACUCCAGAAAACUAGCAAUUGCACUCGGAGUGAGCCUUAGCUUAGUCUCUGUAUUAGUUAUCGUGUUUGGAUUUCUCUUCUGGAAAAGAAACAAGAACAGAAAGCAGUCCAUUCUAAACAUUACAGAUGUUCAAGAAGAGGACCUUGACCUUACAAAAUUGGGAAAUCUUAGGAACUUCACGUUUAAAGAGCUGCAACAUGCUACCGACAACUUCAGCUCAAAGAACAUACUUGGUGCAGGGGGGUUUGGCAACGUUUACAGGGGAAAACUGGGAGACGGCACACUGGUGGCCGUCAAACGGCUAAAGGAUUUGACAGGAACUACAGGGGAAUCACAGUUCAGAACUGAACUAGAGAUGAUCAGUCUAGCAGUUCACCGGAAUUUGCUUCGUAUCAUCGGAUACUGUGCCACCCCAAAUGAAAGACUUCUUGUGUACCCUUACAUGUCUAAUGGGAGUGUUGCGUCAAGGCUUAGAGGGAAACCAGCUCUGGAUUGGAACACCAGGAAGAGAAUUGCGAUUGGAGCUGCAAGAGGGCUGCUGUAUCUGCACGAGCAAUGUGAUCCAAAGAUAAUCCAUAGAGAUGUUAAAGCUGCCAAUGUGCUUCUAGACGACUACUGUGAGGCCAUUGUCGGUGACUUCGGCCUCGCAAAGCUACUCGACCAUGCUGAAUCUCAUGUAACUACAGCCGUUCGAGGCACGGUCGGCCAUAUUGCACCAGAGUACCUUUCCACUGGCCAGUCAUCUGAGAAAACUGAUGUAUUUGGAUUCGGUAUCCUACUUUUGGAGCUUAUAACUGGAAUGAGAGCUCUCGAGUUUGGAAAAUCGGUGAACCAGAAAGGAGUUAUGCUAGAAUGGGUUAAGAAGAUACAACAAGAAAAGAAGAUCGAACUACUGGUUGACAGAGAACUAGGAAUCCACUAUGACCAGAUUGAGGUUGGAGAAAUGCUGCAAGUAGCUCUACUUUGUACACAGUACCUACCGGCCCAUCGUCCCAAAAUGUCUGAGGUCGUCCGGAUGUUAGAAGGCGAUGGUCUUGUCGAAAAGUGGGCAUCCACCCAUAACUACAUCCACAGUGCUGCAAAUUUGUCGUGCAAUAGUAGCAAGUCACGUUCGACCGUUGCCCACGAGGACAUGGAUCAUGAUCAUUCGAGCAUGUAUGGGAUGACAAUGACCAUGGACGACGACUACGACGCCCAUUGCAUGGAGCUGUCUGGUCCAAGAUAGUACGUUAGACAGAACAGAGCAGUAAAUAACUGAACUCAUCUUUACUCGUGGCAAGAAAUUUUGAUCUGCUUUGGAGAAGAAAGUCGAAAAAAGUUUCUUGUUAAGUCUUGGAUGCCAUCUUAUUUGGUAUUUUGUUCUUGCACUGUACAUAACCUUUGGUUCUUGUUUGAUGAGUGUACUCUCCUUCAGCAAAUUCAGGUCAUUCUACAGUAGAUUGGGUGCAUUAUAUUCCAUUUCUUACUGAUAAUUGGAUUAUUUGAGAAGCCCCCGAUUUUUUACAAUCCAUUGGUAUUGGAUGAAUUAAGAGCAUCGUAAAUUUGUAAUAACUU